CACAUCGACAGGGCGGCACUCUACCGCACAGAAGAAAUUGUUGGGCAAGCCGUGGCUGAGGCGUUGGGCCGCGGCCUGAUUAAGAGCCGCGACGAACUUUUCAUCACCACCAAGUUAUGGUGCACCGACGCCGAUCAUGAUCUCGUCCUGCCUGCCCUCAAAGAAUCACUUAGGAAGUUGGGAUUAGAGUAUGUGGAUCUGUAUCUGAUACAUUGGCCGAUAAGGAUGAAGAAGGAUGAUACUGAUUCCAUCAAGACACUGCAUUUUGAUAUAAAGGGAACUUGGGAUGCCAUGGAAGAGUGCUGUAGGAUGGGUUUGGCCAAGUCUAUUGGUGUCAGCAACUACAGCUGUGCUAAGCUCUCUACACUCCUGCAAUAUGCCACCUUCCCUCCUGCUGUCAAUCAGGUUGAAUUGAAUGUUGCUUGGCAGCAACCGAAGCUGAUGGCGUUUUGCAAAGACAAAGGAAUCCAUGUUUGUGCAUUCUCUCCACUUGGAGCAUAUGGAUUCCACUGGGGUACUAAUGCAGUGAUGGAUAGUCCGAUCCUUAAGGACAUCGCAGCAGCUAAAGACAAGACCAUCGCACAGGUUGCAUUGAGAUGGAUACGGCAAGAAGGAGCGACCCCAAUCGUGAGGAGCUUUAAUAAGGAGAGGAUGAGGCAAAACCUUCAAAUAUUCGACUGGGAAUUGACAGAUGAAGAAGUUGGAAAAAUACAACAGAUCCCGCAGCAGAGAGCCUGCAAUCCAACAGAUUUUGUUGGUCCACACGCCCAAUACAAAUCAUUGGAAGAACUUUGGGAUGGAGAAAUUUGAAUUUCUGCUAUUGUUUUUUGUUUGUGAAAUGUAAACCUAUUUUGAGAUUUCUGGAAACUGCAUCCACAGUUUCUAUGUGUUAUGAAAGCAACGCAGAGCAGAGAUGAAGCUUGAAGACGAUGCUCACUGUGCUGCCAACUUGGCCCUGACCUGGAGCUGUGUUGGCUGUCUCAUCACUUAAUUUUAUGUUCAGUCUUUGUUUUGAUUUGUAAAGAAUCUCUUUCUAGUUGCUCUGGAACAAUUAGGAGAUGAAAUCGAAGAAAUAUGGACUUCUGGCGGCAACAUGCUUGGUCCCACUUAUGGGGUCAAAUCAAUACGUUCUAAGAAGAAAUAUUUGAAUAUCAAUCUCAUCGAUAUCAUCGAUCUCAUACCAAAUCCCAUCGAUCGAAUCACUUUUUCGAGAAAUACGAGACAUUCUUUCAGCA